UAAGUCCAAAUCAAGAACAUCAGAGAUCUCGAACAACGAAGGAGACCGAAUAAAGUUUAGCAAAACAGCCGUUCGUAAACGAAGUCGGGACUUUGCUCAUCGGCAAUGCCGUAUCAUAGUCAGGAACCUUCCCUACAAAGUUACUCAGGAGAAGCUUGCAGAGCAAUUUGGCAAUAUGCUAAAAAGGAUCAAUCCUGCCAGGCUGUGGAGAAUAUGAAUGGUAUAGUUUUGAUGGGAAGGAAAUUAGAAGUUGGCUAUGCUCUACCCAAGGAAGCAUACAAUAAGAUGAAAACAGAAAUAGGAAUCAAGCAAGAGGAAGUAAAACAUGAAAGUGAUGUAACUGUUCAAGAGGCGGAUGUUAGCGAUGAAAUUGAAUAUAAAGAAGAAAAGCCAAACCUAGAAUAUAAAGAAGAAGAUAACUGCCACUCAAACUCUGUAAAUGAAGAAACCAAGCUACUGAAAUUUAAACGAAAAAAUUAUCAUACAGAAAUUGAGGAAGGUCGUACAGUUUUCGUAAAAAAUGUACCUUACGAUGCAAACGAAAACGCAGUUAAAGAUGCAUUGAAACAUUUUGGAGCCAUAGAGAAAGUCUUAAUCAACAAAGAACGCAUUUCUGGCCAUUCUAAAGGCACAGCUUUUGUCAUUUUCAAUUUGAAAGAGUCGGCCAAUAUGUGCAAAAAACAAAGUUUUAAAGUGCAAAUUAAUAGCCAGUUUAUCGAAAUUGUUGAUGCUCUCAAGAAGAAAGAAAUUAAAGACAAAGAAAAGCAAGGGAGCGAAAAAUCUGGAAAAGAUUCGAGAAAUCUUUAUCUGCUAAAGGAAGGAGUAAUCAUGGCCGGAUCACCGGCAGCGCAAAAUGUAUCAAAAACGGAUAUGGCGCAACGGCUUAGAUUGGAACAGCGUUGUGCACAGAUGUUAAAAAACUUAAAUCGUUUUGUUUCACGUGAACGUCUAACAGUGCACAAUUUACCAGAAAACUGUACGAGCACCGCUCUGCGCGCAAUAGUUCAACAGCAUGCUGGGAUAAAUCCACAGGAAUGUCGAGUAAUGCGAGAAAAUAACCCAUCCUUUGGAAAUCCCUCGGGAAAGUCACGUGGGUAUGGAUUCUUGUCGUUCAAAAAACAUGAAACCGCAUUGGAAGUUUUGCGAAAACUUAAUAACAAUCCGUUGGUGUUUGGAAAGAGCAACAGACCAAUUGUUGCAUUUAGUAUUGAAGACCGAAAAGUUCACAACAUCAAGCAGCAGCGUUUACUGAAGUCGCGACUUAAUAAUCCCACGUAUCAGGAGAAACUGAAAAAAAUUCAGUCUAAGAGAAAAGAAAGAUUGCAAAUGAAAAAACAGCAAAAGAAAACAUCUGCUGAACAAUUAGCGAUCAUACCCAACGCAAACGUAUACCUAGCCAAUAAACCCAGCAAAAGUGGCAACAAAGAAACUGUGAAGAAAGAACGCAAACGAUCACUUCUUAAAACUACCGAAUCUUUUACUGGUGAGAUUUCACGUCAAGGUAAAAUUGGCAUUCGAUCCAAUCGGAAAAUCAACACGCAAGCAGAAGCGCACAUGGAGAGGAUAAAGGUUGAAAGAAAGGAAGCUCGUAAGAAACGAAUUAAACGGGAGCACGAGCGCAACAGGCAAGUGAAAGCGGCGCGUCGAACCAAACCAAAACAGGUUGUUUCAGCUGAGGUCAAAAGAGAAAAUCAAUACUUCCAGCAAACUGUAGGAAAAUACAAGGACAUGAUUCACCAAGCAAUGGCUAAAAACGAACGCAGCAAAUGGUAUAAUGGAUAGUUUUGCCUGUUUAUAAUCAAAUAUAUAUA